AUGAUGACACCAUUUACUCGUAUGCCACUUACCUCCUGUCCCUACAAGAGUAAGUACGUUAAUGAAUGGGAUCGUGCUAUGAAACGCUACAUGGCUAAUACUCUUUCAUGGGCAAACAAAUCUCUUAUGGAAAGCCAUAAAUUUGCUGACACCCACCCAGAUAUUAUCGACAAUGACAAGGAAUUCAAAGUCAAGAUGGACGUAUCACACUUUAGUCCAGAUGAAUUGAAAGUCACCUUCAGAGAUGGAUACCUCCAAGUUGAAGGUAAUCAUGAAGAGAAGAGUGACAAAUAUGGAACCAUCCAAAGAAGCUUUGUAAGAAAGUAUUCUUUACCACCAAACUUCAAUGAAGACGACUCCGUCUGUGAGAUUUCAAAGGAUGGUGUUUUAACUGUUGGAGUUGCCAAACUUGCCAUCGGAGAGAAAAAGGGAAAAAAUAUUCCUAUCAAGUUUAAGUAA